AUGAACGCAGGCUGGCUAGCAGUAACGCAUGCAGGCUCGUAUGGACACUGGCUGGCUGGCUGGCUGGCAGGAACGCUGUCUGGUAGGAAUGCUGGCUGGCCAUCAGGAACAGAGGAAGGCAGGCAGGAACGCAGGCUGGCUGGCAGGAACUCAGGCUGGCUGGGUGGAUCUCAGGCUGGCUGGCAGGAACGCAGGCUGGCUGGCAGGAACACUGCCUGGCUGGCUCGCUGGCUGGCAGGAACGCUGGCUGGCAAGAAUGCUGGCUGGCAGGCACGAAUGCAGGAUGUCUCGCAGGAACACAGACUGGCUGGCAGGAACACAGGCUGGGUGGCAGGAAUGCAGGCUGACUGGCAGGAUCGCUGGCUGGCUGGCAGCAACACUGGCAAGCUGGAAGGAACACAGUCUGGCUGGCAGGAACACAGGCUGUCAGGUAGGAAUACUUACUGGCUGGCUGACUGGGUGGCAUGGACGCAGGUUGGCAGGGACGCUGGUUGGCUGGCAGGAAUGCUGGCUGGCAGGAACGGUGUGUGCCGGCAGGAACACAGGCUGGAUGGCAGGAACACAGGCUAA